AACAUCUGAAACCAAGAUGAAGACGUCAGGGAUGCUUGUCCUCUGUGUCUCAUUGGCCUCCACGUUCCUGGGCAGCAGUGAGGGACUAAAUGCAACAACAGCAACCAAUGCUACCACCGCUCCAUCUAACACCACCCGACCUAUGGUGACCAACACUUCCCCUGCUCCAUCUAACACCACCCGACCUAUGGUGACCAACACUUCCCCUGCUCCAUCUAACACCACCCAACAUAUGAUGACCAACACUUCCACUGCUCCAUCUAACACCACCCAACCUAUGAUGACCAACACUUCCCCUGCUCCAUCUAACACCAUCCGACCUAUGGUGACCAACACUUCCACUGCUCCAUCCAACACCAACCGACCAACAGCACCCAACACUUCCCCUGCUCCAUCCAAAACCACCCGACCAACAGCAACCAACACUUCCCCUGCUCCAUCCAAAACCACCCGACCAACAGCAACCAACACUUCCCCUGCUCCAUCCAAAACCACCCGACCAACAGCAACCAACACUUCCCCUGCUCCAUCCAACACCAGCAGCACAUCAAGGCCGCCCGCGUCCUCAACCGCCACAGCUGCCCCCACAAAUGUGACGUCCAGUAUCAAGCCAACAAGUUCAGCCAUGAGAGGCUGCGACUCUCUGUUUGGGUGCUACAGUCAACUGCUGGUGCCGGCCAUUUCCAUGCUAAUCUACAGCGCACAGGGCUGAAAAUGUGCAAUCGACGCAAAUUUUCUCCUUCUCAUUAAAUCAUAAAAAUCAUCUUAUGCUGUAUAUUAAAGGUUUUUAAAAAAUCACAUGUAUUUUUUUCAGUAAAAUUUUUGUUUUGUCUAUGGCUGGCACACAUUUGACCUACUGAUGCUAUGAAGAACUCUUUUGACCAAUUGUGCUGAACGACAUCUUUAUAAAUGUUUUAUAACUUCAUACUUCAAAUGUUCAAACUGUAUUUCACAAAAUGCCAAUAUAGAAGAGUGGAUGUGAAAUUUCUCUGUUUCUUUUAUGGCAAAUCAAUUGGUCAGUAAAUGGGUAUUGGAUGUGGAAAAUGUUAACAGCUGGAUCCUACAAGAACUUCAGUUGGGAUGUUAGCAUCACAGCCGCCACCUCAUUUGAAUGGAAUAGAUAUUAGAUUUUAAAUAUUUUGAUCAUAUUCAAACAUCACAUUUAAAUUCGGGAUGUUUGUUUUGCUCCACCUGGGAUGUGUUGUUUCCUUAUGCUGUAAUGGCUCUGCUGCGUAUAUUUGUAUGACUGAUAAAUCAUGUGGAGCAUAAUAAGCAUGAGUGAACAUUUUUGGGAAUAAAUCUAAGUGGUUUAAACAAA